GCGUCGGGACGAGACGUAGGGGAGAGAACUUGGUGCUUUACCGUCAUUAAAAACAAACAGUGUCGUUGUAAACAUCCCAAGAACUGAUAUUUCGGAGGCGCUUGAAAGUCAGUCGAGCGUGAGUUAGUUACAGGGUGCCGCGUUGUUCUGCACGACUGCGUCGCGGAUCUCAGAAGCUUUGUUUUCGGGCAGACAACCCCUCGGCUCGGAUUGCUCAUCGGAUUCAAAUUGGCAAGGGAAUUAGUUAGCCCGUUUAGCUUUUUAGCUCCACCGGCUACUUGGACACUUCUCGGUCCUCAUGGAUUGCUAGUUGUACCGGCGUUGACAUUGGAAGACGUAUCCACACCUAGAGUUGUUUUCUUAUUUGCCGGCCUUUCAUGAGCCACGCGGAUUAAAAACACUGGGAAUAACAAGGGCCACCGACUCGGCAUUGCGACGCUGUUGUGAGUGUCCAACUGGAGUGAUCGGUCGUCAUGUAUUUUCUUACAGGCUGGCCCCGGAGGCUACUUUGUCCGCUCAGAAGUGAAGAGAAACCCUCCCACAUUCAGCCCAGCUCCCAGAGGUUUUACUUCGCCGUGUUGUCCGAGACACAGCUCAGCAUCUGGUUUAGUCGGCCCAGUGUUUUGGUAGUCAGCUAUAUUGAGUCGACGAAAGUGGCAGCCCGGUUUGGGGUGUACCAGAAGGCAGAAUGGAAACCAGACGACUCCAUGAUAGCCGUGGCGGCUGCCAAAGGCUAUAUCCUGUUAUUUGAUGUGCUGGGAGGAGGGGAGGACAAGUACCUCUAUGAGCCUGUCUACCCAAAAGGGAGUCCUCGUGUGAAGGUGACCCCAGGCUAUAAGGAAGAGCAGUGUGCCCCGGCUCUCUCUCUUGAGAUGAAGAAACCUGUGGACCUGGAGGCUCCCAUUACAAGCUUACAGUCUGUUCAGGAGGACUUGUUGGUUUGUACGGCAGAUGGCUACCUCCACGUGCUACACUGGGAUGGUCUGGGCAGCAACGGACGAAAAGCCAUUAGCCUUACUACCAUCCCUUUCUCGCUGGACCUGCAGUCUGCCAGAGGUGGUCCGUCUCUAGACUUGGAGGGAGUGUACAUCAGGUGUAUGGAGUAUUGUGUGACCUUGGACGGCUUUGCUGUUGUGCUGAGUGAUGGACGCCUAGGCUUCAUCACACCGCUCAGCAACACCAUCACCGCGGAUCAGCUGCAGGGUGUCUGGGCAGCAGAUGUUAAUGAUGGCACCUGUGUGGCUGUCAACAACAAAUACAGACUGAUGGCCUUUGGUUGUGCCAGUGGCUCAGUAUUGGUGUACAUGAUAGACACUACGACAGGAUCAAUGCAGCUCUCCCACAAACUAGAGCUCACCCCAAAACACUACCCAGACAUUUAUAACAAGACGGGUCCAGUCAAGCUGAUCCGCUGGUCACCUGACUGCAGCGUAGCCAUGGUGACAUGGGAGUGUGGUGGUCUGUCACUCUGGAGUGUUUUUGGAGCUCACCUUAUCUGCACACUGGGAGAAGACUUUGCGUAUCGUUCCGAUGGUACCAAGAAGGAACCCAUCAAGAUCAGUUCCAUGAGCUGGGGAGCAGAGGGUUACCACCUGUGGGUGAUUCCUAGCAAACCAGACAGAAGGAGACAGGAGGAGCAGCAGGAGCAUGUGGAAGAGAUAGUUACAUCUUCUCGCUCAUCGCUGCAGGCUUGCAUAUUACAGUUCCACUUCAUCAAGAGCGCCCUCACUGUCAACCCUUGCACGAGUAACCAGGAGCACGUCCUGCUCCAUGGGGAGGACCGCCUCUACCUGACCUGUGGUGAUCCCACACAAGUUCACAGCACCUCUGACACACACAGCACACACCCUCACACACACAUACACACACGGGACAGCAGCCCGCUGCAUCAUCCCCCAAGCCCCAACUCAUCUCUCUCUCAGGGACUCAGCACUUUACUGGGACACAAGCAUUGGCAUGUGGUCCAGAUUCACAGCACAUACCUAGAGAGCAACUGGCCUAUACGGUUUGCAGCCAUCGACACAGUAGGGCAGUGCAUGGCUGUAGCAGGGAGAAGGGGAUUUGCACACUAUUCUUUAUACACCAGGAAAUGGAAGCUGUUUGGAAACAUCACUCAGGAGCAGAACAUGACGGUGACAGGAGGUCUGGCCUGGUGGAAUGACUUCGUGGUGGUUGCCUGUUACAAUUUUAUUGACCAGCAAGAAGAGAUGAGGCUGUACUUGCGGUCAUCUAACCUGGAUAAUGCCUUCGCCUCUGUCACAAAGCUGCACUCGGACACACUGCUGCUCAACGUUUUCAGAGACAUGGUCAUCCUUUUCAGAGCCGACUGCUCCAUCUGCCUCUACAGUAUAGAGAAGAGACAUGAUAGUGUCAACCCUUCAGCGAGUGUAGAGCUGCUUCAAGAGGUUUCCAUGUCCCGUUAUAUUCCUCACCCUGCCCUUGUGGUCUCUGUCACCCUUACAUCUGUGCGCACUGAGACUGGCAUCACACUCAAAGCCCCGCAGCAGGCCUGCAUGGCAGAGAGUAUCAUGCUAAACCUGGCUGGCCAGUUGAUAAUGCUACAGAGGGACCGAUCAGGACCCCAGGUACGAGACAAGGAGACGCUGACCAAUCACAAGAAGCUGCUACCAUUUUGUCCUCCGGUAGUGCUCGCCCAGUGUGUUGAAAAUGUGUGGACGACCUGUCGCUCCAACAAAAAGAAGCGCCACUUGCUGGAAGCUCUGUGGUUGUCCUGUGGUGAGGCAGGCAUGAAAGUCUGGCUGCCAUUGUUUCCCAGAGACCACCGGAAGCCCCACUCCUUCCUCUCCAGACGCAUCAUGUUGCCCUUUCAUAUUAACAUUUACCCUUUAGCUGUGCUGUUUGAGGAUGCCUUAGUGCUUGGAGCCACAAAUGAGACAGUUCUGUAUGAUGGGCUACAUGGAUCCUCUGAGCCACUGGAGGCACUGUUUCCAUACUGCACUGUGGAGAGGACCUCCCAGAUCUACCUCCACCACAUCCUGAGGCAGCUGCUAGUCCGCAACCUUGGUGAACAGGCGUUACUGCUGGCCCAGUCGUGCGCCUCCCUCCCUUAUUUCCCCCACGUAAUGGAGCUGAUGGUGCAUGUGGUGUUGGAGGAGGAAGCCACUUCUAGGGAGCCUAUUCCAGACCCGCUGCUGCCCACUGUGGCAAAGUUUAUCACCGAGUUCCCCCUCUUCCUGCAGACUAUUGUUCACUGUGCAAGAAAGACAGAGUAUGCCCUGUGGAAUUACUUGUUUGCAGCUGUAGGGAACCCUAAGGAUCUGUUUGAGGAAUGUCUCAUUGCUCAGGACUUGGAUACUGCAGCCUCCUAUUUGAUUAUUUUGCAGAACAUGGAGGUGCCUGCAGUGAGCAGACAACAUGCAACUCUGCUCUUCAACACAGCCCUGGAGCAGGGAAAGUGGGACCUUUGUCGUCACAUGAUCCGGUUCCUCAAGGCCAUUGGCUCUGGGGAAAUGGAGACUCCGCCUCCAACACCUACCAUGCAGGAACCCAGUUCAACAGGGGGCUUUGAAUUCUUUAGAAACCGCAGCAUCAGCCUGUCCCAGUCAGCUGACUCUAUUGCCACUGGCAAGUUUAACUUGCAGAAAACCUUCAGCAUGCCCAGUGGACCUUCUGCCAAAGGUCGGGACGUGGAUUGUGCAGAGAACAUGUACAUUGACAUGAUGCUAUGGCGCCACGCCCGCCAUCUUUUGGAGCAGGUGCGUCUUCGUGACCUAGGCUGCUUUUCUGCACAACUUGGCUUUGAGUUGAUCAGUUGGCUGUGCCGUGAACGAAACCGUGUGGCCCGUGUAGAGGAUUUUGUCAUGGCAUUGAAAAGGCUUCACAAGGACUUCUUCUGGCCUUUCCCUGUCAUCCCUGUCGGAAGCCUUAGCUCACCACUGAGGAAUGGAAGGUAUCGCACAGUGCUCAGCACACGGCUUUUAAAGUCACAGUCAGCUGAUAGCCUGCUGAACAGCGACAUGGACAUAGCGCCACCUCAGACAGCUCCCAGCUCCCAUGCUUGGCUGGAUAGCCUGGGACCAAGGUCUAAAGACAUGGACACCGCUUCUUCCGCUCCCUCCCACCACCAUACACCACAGACUCAUGAUGCAUUCCUCUCUCCUCUCACUAACAAAGUCGAGGAGUACAGUAUUGGCUCGGCCACAGACCUGACAGAGACCAGCUCAGUGGUGGAUGGUGACUGGACAAUGGUGGAUGAGAACUCCUCUACUUUGAGCCUGAGCCAGGCUGAGCUGGAGCACAUCUCCAUGGAGCUGGCCAACAAGGGCCCACACAAGUCACAAGUGCAGCUCAGGUACCUGCUCCACAUCUUCAUGGAGGCAGGCUGUCUAGAGUGGUGCGUGGUGAUUGGUCUAAUUCUCCGGGAGGCCAGUGUCAUAAAGCAGGUGAUUGGCUUCCUGGACAGCCCUGAGGUUCCCACAGAAACUGUGCAGAGUGUCCGCAGUGGCUUAUUGGCGGUUGACACAUGGGCCUCCACUGAUUGCCUGGGUUAUAAGCCUUUCCUCAACCUGAUCAGACCGCAACUGCAGCAGCUGAUGGAGACAGCUGCCGAGCAGGUGAAGCCCGAGGCUUUCCAGCCCACCAGCCAGAGCUCCAAGCUUGGUGGCCCUGAAGGGCUAGGGGGUCCUGCUUCACCGAGGGCUGAGGACAGUAGAGGUGUAACAGCCCCUCUUGGCCUGGCCCUGCCCUCUAUUGAGCCCGCUGGAGGCUUCCCUAGACCACCCUCUGAGGACUGUCCCCCUGAGGAAACAGUAGAGCAGGGAGAGGAGGAGGGAGCAUAUGACUGCACCUUAUCCUGAGCACUAGGGCCCCUCAAAACCUCCGACAUUUGAACUCUGAAUCUGCUUGAGGGAAAGCAGGAAGAGAGAAGAGCAGCAUGAGCAGGGGCUGACUGGAAAUGAUCUUUCGCGUGUGUGUGUGCGUGUGUGUGUGUGUGUACAUGCAUGUUGACGUGUGUUCAGAAUGAACCUUCUUAGUAUAAUCAGUAUUAUCCACUCUUCAGAUUACCUCUGCAGAGGCCUGUAUAGACUAGAGCCACUGUGGUCACUUAACCACCAACAGCCACCCUAACAAAUGGACAGCCAGCCGAACUGGGACGAUGAAUUUAGAGCACAACUAGGGGAUCAGGCCAGUGUGAUAGUUCCUCUCUGUUAGUGGUCAUAUUUCCAUAAUAUGCUGUUAGAAAAGAUGCCUACCUGUUGGCAUGUGCAUCCGGGAUGUGGCAGACUGCUCUGGCUGUGUCAGCUAGCACAAGAGAGCAGCAGUCUUUCUAUUCCCAGAUGGAUGCUUUGUGCGUCUUGCGUUCACUUGGCACUCGGUCAAGUGUAACUGCACACCUUGAGAUAGUUUUUCCAUUGUUUAGAGACAGUGCUGUGUUGUAAAAUCGAGUGGAUGCAAACAAUGCAAGAGCUUAACAUCAACAAUAAGACCUUUAUACACAGGGCUGUGGUGUCAGGCUGAACAGCUCAGUAUUUAGUAGGGUGCAACUCUGGUCCUUAACUAUUUAAAGGAUGCACUGAAGUGUGUCUGAGCCUGCGUGUUGGCUUGUGUAUACUAGAGGUGUUUCAUAUGUACUUUCAUACCUCAUAAGAUUUUGAAAAUAUUUUGUGAUAACUUUGUCAAUAAUGAAAUGAUCUACCAGAUUGCGUUGUUAUUUUUAUACCAGUUUGACCUUGGUCGUGGCGAGCUCCCCUGAAGAGCGUACGAUUGUAAGACUCGUGUAACUGUUGAAAAAUCCUGACCAAGGUUUAGAGAAAUAGGUUUUUGAGCAUUGGGAGGUACUCGUUCGUGUUUGUUGCAUGCAGCUGAGAUAUUUCAAGGCCCCAAACAAAACUGUUCUGGAUGUGUGUGUAUAAGGGGAGUAUGUGCUAGGAUCAGCUGUCUGCUUGCUCUUUCCUCUGUGACCUUGUCAAAACAGGGUAGAGAUCAGUAUUUGGCCAUCUUAAAAGUGUUGUGUAAAUAUGUGUGAACCAUGACGGUAAAGGACACCUUCUUGGCCAAUCGUGGCAAUAUUGUCUUAGUGCAAUAAAGUGUUUUGAAAAACAUCCCCGAGAUGACCAAAUCAUGACAACACAGAGUCAAAAGGGUGUUCUGUAUUUCCAGCAAAACGAACCAUUGAUAUAUUUUGAUA